AUGGAGGCGACGCGACCUUCAACUGAAGACCACGACAUCGGCUCCAAUCUCACCAUCUACAUCUCCCUCGGAGACCCUUGCCCCCCUCAAUCCCUCUAUGAACUCCUCAUCCUAGCCAAGGAGCAAGUCCGCGACCGCGCCGUCCUCUUCGGUCCCACGACUCGCGUCCCCCAUCGCAAAGCGAACCCAGAGCUCACGCAAACAACCCACGCAGGGCUCGAAUACUUCAUCGAACCGGGCCGGGUUUUGAACCCCCGGCAUCCGGGCCUCGAGUGGGGAGAGUUCGAAGUAUUGACCUCCUGGCUGUACGAGUACCUCUGGAUACUGUUGAAUCAUCGGUAUUGUAACUAUGUGCUGUAUAGGAAGAACGUGACGACGGGCAUGGAGCUGAAUCUGGCUUUCGGGGAGAUAAAGCCGCUUGAGACCACGGUGGCGGUCGACACCACUUCGCGCGGCACUGCGAGGCUGCCUGCAGAGUCGUUGUCGCAGGGUAGCGUUAAUACUACCUGA